AGUAGCUGUGUUGGGUGGUGCGUGCGUCUGGUUUAGUAAUCGAUCUAGAGUGAGAGAUUCAGCGAAGAAGAAGAAGAAGCGAAGAUGAACACAGACAUCACAGCAUCGACGAAGCCAGAGUACCCUGUAAUCGAUCGCAACCCUCCCUUCACCAAAGUCGUAGGCAACUUCAGCACCCUCGAUUAUCUCCGAUUCUCUACCCUCACCGGCAUUUCGGUCACCGUCGGUUACCUCUCCGGGAUUAAGCCUGGAAUCAAGGGACCUUCCAUGGUGACUGGGGGACUCAUUGGGCUCAUGGGCGGGUUCAUGUACGCUUACCAGAACUCAGCGGGUAGACUCAUGGGUUUCUUCCCCAACGACGAUGAGGUAGCUCGCUACAAGAAGAAAUAAGCUUUUUUUUUUUUACUAUUUAAUUUUUUUUAUUAGUUGUUAUUUUCACAUUUGGGACCUCUCUAUUACUUUUUAACUCUACGGUGCUAGCUCUGAAUAAUUUGAUCUCCCUUUAUUGUUGGGAUUGCUUGUUUCUUGAGCUGCAUUUCCUUUGUGACGAGCUUGUCUUGUUGGAAUGAUAAAUCAAUGUUAUGUGGAUUUUUCUGUGGCUCUGUAUGAUUGAGGUUCGAUUUAGUAAUAUACCAAGAGAAUUUGUGGUGUGUUUGCAA